AUGGGUCCCGGCAACUGCUCGGAGCUCCCCGGCGUCCAGCACAGCCCGGGCGCGCCUCCUGCCCUGGCGCUGCCGCCGCCGCCGCCGCUGCUGCUGCAGCCGCUCUGGGACCGCGUGCGGGCCUGGGACGCGCUCACGGGUUCGCCCUUCUUCCCGGUCGCCUUCUCCAUCACGGCCUACCUGAGCUUCUGCCUGCCCUUCGCGCUGCUGGACGCCCUGGGCCCGUGGGCGCCCGCGCUGCGGCGCUACAAGAUCCACCCGGGCUUCCGCCCGUCGGCGCGGCAGCUGCUGCCGUGCGUGGCGCGGACGCUGUACCAGCACGCCGUGCUCGUGCUGCCCGCCACGCUGCUGCACGGCGCCCGCGCGCCCGCGCCCGCGCCCGCGCCCGCCGUGCCGCAGCUCGUGGGCCACGUCGUGCUCGGCCUGCUGCUCUUCGACGCCGAGGUGUUCGCGUGGCACGUGCUGCACCACCGGGUGCCCUGGCUCUACCGCAGCUUCCACAAGGUGCACCACCAGAACGCCGCCGCGUUCGCGCUCGCCACGCAGUACAUGAGCGCCUGGGAGCUCUUCUCCUUGGGCUUCUUUGACCUGGCGAACGUCACGCUGCUCGGGUGCCACCCGCUCACCGUCCUCGUCUUCCACCUGGUCAACAUCUGGCUGUCCGUGGAGAGUCACUCGGGCUACGACUUCCCCUGGUCCACCCACCGGCUGGUGCCCUUCGGCUGGUACGGGGGCGUGGUGCACCACGACCUGCACCACUCCCGGCCCAACUGCAACUUCGCGCCCUACUUCACGCACUGGGACAAAAUGAUGGGCACCCUGCAGUCCGCGCCCCUCGCCAAGAAGCGGGAGAAAUAGAGCUGAGACGACAGCCUUCCCCCCCCCCCCCCCGGCGGUUCUCGGCUUUUGAAGCAAGUAAUUUAUUAACUGAUGGAAACUGUUACAUAGAUAUCUAAUGUUGAUUUUUGAAACCUGACAAAUUACAUAGUUGUUUGUAUAUCCAAAUAGUUGUAUUCGUGGAAAUUCUAACUUCAGUAUCCUGGAUAUCACGUAGACCUUCCUCACAGGUGUGCCUGAAUCGUCUCUGGAAGGAUUUGUUUGGAAAGUAGAGGCUUCCCUAGGUCUACAUCGCGCCGGAACUGGGCUGCACACACGUCUGUAUGGACUUCAGAAUGUAAUCAAGUGUGUUCCUGCUGGGCAGUAACCAAAAUUAUAGUAUUUUUCUAUUUUAAAAAAUAAGGUAUAUUUAUGUUGAAAAUGAUAUUUAUACUUUAAAAAUGAAAAAUAAAAAUAAACCCAAAA